AUGGCGGAAAACAUUGUUCUGCCAUCACUAAAGGGCAAAUGCAUCAUUAUCACAGGGGGAGCCCGUGGUAUUGGAGCUGCUGGUGCACGGCUUCUAGCUAGUCAAGGGGCAAAGUUGGCUAUUUUCGAUAUUCGAGAUGACCUGGGAUACACUGUUGCAAAGGAAAUCUCGUCUACGUCGGCUGUCCAGGCGAAGUACUACCAUGUCGACGUUUCUAAAAAGGCAGGUAUCUCCGACGCAGUAUCAUCAGCAGUCAGAUACCUCGGCGGAGUGCACUGUUUCCUCCAUGCGGCCGGAAUUGGACACCAGUCGCCAUGUGAAGAUUUGACCGAGGACGAAGUGAACCGUAUGGUUGACGUCAACCUCAAAGGUACAAUCUACGCAAACCAAGCCGUCUUUCCUUACAUGAAGAAAUCAGGCGGCAGCAUUCUAAAUGUUGGUUCCGACACUGGUUUAGACCCCUUUCCCGGUCUGGCGCAUUACUCUGCUUCGAAAGGCGCCGUUCACAGGUUCACACGUACAAUUGCGAAAGAAUGGGGGAGCUGUAACAUUCGGGUCAACGCGCUACUGCCAGCGGCGUGGACAGACCUCGUUGAGGAGCAUAUGAGCAGAAUGUCUCCUGACGAGAGUCAUCAGUUGGAUAGAUAUUGUCUAGUCGUUUCUGUGUCGGUGGGAAGCCAGGCAACCUGA